AUGCCUUUCUUCCAACCCCGCCGGGUGGCUAUCCUGCUGCUCAUGGUAGCAGCAUACGUCUACGCCGAAAAACACCAUGCAUCCAUCGCGUCCAUGAGCAUCCCAGAAAUCGAGGACGAGCUUCAGCAAUGCGCGCUGGUACAAGACCUUAAUACCUACAAACUCGCAACCUCCCCUCAGACCUCGAGCUUGACAUCGAGGAUUUUCGCAGUCCUGUUUCCUGGUAGUCCGGCUGUUAACGCGCUUCUUGCGACGCUGUAUAUCUCUGGCCCGCCGAACUUCUUGCUCGCGCUAUGUCCGCCGAAUAUCGAUCCCUCUUCGCUCUCGGUGAUGGUCGCGUUUGCGGUGGGUGGACUGUUGGGUGACACAUUGUUCCAUUUGCUGCCGGAGAUCUUUUUGGGAGAGGAUAGCCCUGAACAUGUCCGAUUUGUGCUGGUUGAACCGAAUCGUAAUUUGCUGCUCGGUGUGGCCAUUAUGGUCGGAUUUGUGACGUUCGUGGCUAUGGAUAAGGGGUUGAGGAUUGCGACCGGGGGUGAGGGAGGUCAUGAUCAUAGUCAUUCGCAUGGGAGUUCUGUUGAGGUUGUGAAGCCAAUUGGGUCCACUUCCGCUAUUGAUAGCUCUCCUGCGAAGGGUACGCGAUCGAGGAAACAGGCGAAUUCAUUAGGUGCCCCGGAGGUGGUCAAGGAAGAGAAGGAGAAGGAGAUCAAUGCUAGUGUCAAGCUGGCAGGAUAUUUGAACCUCAUUGCCGAUUUCACUCAUAACAUCACCGACGGACUAGCAAUGUCAUCUUCGUUUUACGCCUCCCCAACCAUCGGUGCCACUACAACUGUUGCAGUAUUCUUCCACGAGAUCCCUCACGAGGUCGGCGAUUUCGCUCUCCUAAUCCAAUCUGGAUUUUCGAAGCGUGCCGCCAUGGGAGCGCAAUUCCUCACAGCCCUCGGAGCUUUACUAGGCACCGUCAUUGGUAUUGCCGUACAGGAGUAUGGCGGAAGUGGAGGUGAUGGUGCUAAUGGCCGCUUUGAAGGAUUGAUGGGCACAAGUCUGACUUGGGGUGAUAUGCUCCUACCUUUUACUGCUGGCACGUUCUUGUAUGUCGGGACUGUGGCGGUGAUUCCUGAGUUAUUGGAGACGGGUAAGGAUCGAAAGUUGGAAUUGAAGAAGACUGCUCAGCAGUUUCUUGCUAUGGCUACUGGAGCGGGAAUCAUGCUUUAUAUCUCCUGGUCGUAG